GAAAAAUAGCCGAACCCGUCCAAAAAAGUAAGAGCGCCCUCUGUUGAUGUUUUUAACAUAAAAAAGACGCGGAAAAUAAAACAAUCUCCAGAAAUGGAAUUAACAACACAGGAUCUCUACACGGUAGCAAGCUCUUUGCAGCAAACACUCUCGGCUAACAUCACAGAAAGAAGAGCAGCCGAAGCCUACCUGGAGUCCGUUGAGGCCCGCGCUAACUACUCCAUCUUCCUGUUGGAGUUGCUGAGCAAAGAUGACGUGGACAGCACUAUCAGGAUCUCUGCGGCUGUCACCUUCAAGAACUUCGUGCGUCGGAACUGGAGAGUGGUUGAGGACGAGCCCAAUAAGAUCAAUGACGCCGACAGGGGCUUGGUCAAAGACAAGAUUGUCGAGCUGAUGCUGGGGAUGCCUGAAAAUCUCCAACGACAGUUGAGUGAAGCCAUAAGCAUCAUCGGCUUGGAAGAUUUUCCUCAGAAGUGGCACAAGCUUCUUGAGCAGAUGAAAGAGAAAUUGGGCAGCGAUGACUACAACGUCAUCAACGGCAUCCUCAGAACAGCACACUCCCUCUUCAAAAGGUAUCGUCAUGAGUUCAAGUCCCAGGAAUUAUGGACGGAAAUCAAGAUGGUCCUGGACAAGCUUGCCGAGCCGCUUACCAUUUUAUUUGAGAAAACAGUGCAUCUUACUGGCGUGACUGAUAUCAAGACACAAUACGAUGCCUUGGUCCUGAUGUGCAAGGUCUUCUACAGUCUAAACUGUCAGGACCUGCCCGAGUACUUUGAGGACAACAUGAACACAUGGAUGACUAACUUCCUCAAACUCGUCAGUGAGGACGUUCCUGCCCUACACACCAAGAAUGAAGAAGAGGCUGGGACCUUAGAGCGACUCAAAUCCCAGAUCUGCGACAACAUCGCCCUCUAUGCGCAGAAAUACGACGAGGAGUUCGGCACGUUCCUGCCGCAGUUUGUCACAGCCGUCUGGCAUCUGCUGGUGACCACCGGCAAGGAAGUCAAAUACGAUCUGUUGGUGAGUAACGCCAUUCAGUUCCUGGCGUCAGUCGCCGACCGUGCUCACUACAAGGAUCUCUUUGAGAAACCUGAAGUCUUGACCAGCAUCUGCGAGAAAGUCAUCGUGCCUAACAUGGAGUUCAGAGCAUCCGAUGAGGAGUUGUUUGAGUUCAACCCAGAGGAGUACAUUCGAAGAGAUAUCGAAGGCUCAGAUAUUGACACGCGGCGACGUUCUGCCUGCGAUCUCGUCAAAUCUCUCUGUAAAUUCUUCGAGGCGACCGUGACUCAGAUUUUCUCGAGUUACGUCGGCGCCAUGCUUGAGCUGUAUGCCUCCAAUCCUACCACUAACUGGAAGAGUAAAGAUGCAGCCAUAUAUCUGGUCACCUCACUGGCCUCCAAGUCCAAGACACAAAAGCAUGGUACAACGGAGGUCAGACAGCUUGUCAACAUUAACGAUUUCUUCACUGCACACAUUGCUUCAGAUCUCCAAUCAGACAAAGUCGAUGAGUUUCCAGUUCUCAAGGCCGACGCUAUCAAGUACGUGAUGGCCUUCCGUCAGAUCAUACCCGCGGAGGUCCUGUCAGCGGCUAUUCCAUGUCUCAUCACCCUACUCCGAGCGGAGAGUACCGUGGUCCAUACCUACGCAGCUCACGCCAUUGAGAGACUCUUCACGGUCAAACUGGGUAACGGACACGGAGCUAUCUCGGUCGAAAGUGUCAAACCGCACAUUGAGCUGCUGCUGACCAACCUCUUCGCUGCGAUGGAGUUCUCAGGAUCGGAAGAGAACGAAUACAUCAUGAAAGCAAUCAUGAGAUCCCUUGUCAUGCUGAAAGCGGAGGCUGUACCUUACCUGCAAGUCAUCGUCGCCAAACUGACUGAGAAAUUGCUCCUUGUCAGCAAGAAUCCCAGCAAGCCUCACUUCAACCACUACCUGUUUGAGGCCAUCAGUCUGUCUGUCCGGUCCGGUUGCCAAGCCGACGCAUCCAACGUCUCCAUCUUUGAGAUGGCCCUGUUUCCACCAUUCCAAGACAUACUCACUGCAGACAUUGGAGAGUUCAUCCCCUACGUGUUCCAGAUCAUGUCGCUCAUGCUUGAGAUGCACACGGACUGCCCCGCUCCUUACAUGGUCCUCUUCCCCCACCUCCUCACCCCCGUCUUGUGGGAGAAGCAGGGCAACAUCCCGCCCCUGGUCCGCCUCAUCCAGGCCUACAUUGAGAAGGGUUCGGCCGACAUCGUCAAGGAAGGCAAAGUGCUUGGCAUCCUGGGCGUGUUUCAGAAGUUGAUUUCCUCCAAAGCCAACGAUCACCAAGGCUUCUACGUCAUGCAGAGCCUUCUGGAACACAUGGAAGCGUCAGCCUUGUCGGAGCACAUUCACAAGAUUUUCCUGCUGCUGUUCCAGAGACUAACCCACUCCAAGACCACAAAGUUCGUCAAAAGUCUUCUGGUCUUCUUCAGUCUGUUUGCUGUCAAGCACGGCGCUGAUUCCCUGGUCCGCAUGAUUGAAGAAAUCCAAGCCAAGAUGUUUGGCAUGGUACUGGAGAAGUUGUACAUUCCCGAGGUGCAGAAAGUCUCGGGUCACCUGGAGAGGAAGAUAUGCGCCGUUGGAAUCACGAAGAUACUGACUGAAUGCCCAGCGAUGUUUGAACCAGCACUACAACCGCACUGGACCAACCUUCUGCAAGCCUUAGUCCACCUCUUUGAGCUCCCGGAGGACGACAGUCUACCGGACGAUGAGCACUUUAUAGAGAUAGAGGAUACCCCUGGGUACCAGACCGCUUACUCUCAGCUGGCAUUUGCUGGGAAGCAUGAGACCGAUCCGUUCAGGGGAGCGGUGCCCGACGCUAAGAUCUUUCUGGCGCAGGGGCUGAAGAGUGUCUGUACGGCACACCCAGAGCUGGUACAACUCAUCAAGACUGGCCUCGACGAGAAAGUGGCCAACUGCCUGCAGGUUUAUUUGACUGCUGCACAUGUCACCUUGGGAUGAUGACAAUGACCAAUGACAAUGACGUCACAGGUGGUGCCAUGUCACCUUGGGAUGAUGACAAUGACCAAUGACAAUGACGUCAAGAAGGUGACAUCUAGAACCCUCUCAGAGGUACCACUGAGCCACUUUCAUGAUAUCCACCAUUCCAACUGAUAAUGCCGCCUAUGUGUCACC